UACACCUGAAAUUUUUGGCUUCAGAUUCUCAAGUCCCGUUCUCUGUCUCCAUUCUGAUGCAGCCACUCAGAAAUCGGGGCUAAAAAUCUGUUAGCUUGUUCUUGAAUUGUCACUGUAAUUUUUCUGCAAGAAAGUAUCUUGUGGUUUAUUGUACUGUGAUUCACAAUGAAAAAAUAUAACAGACUUAUAGUUCGCCUGUGUGAAAGAAUUGUUACUUGCCUUCAACAUCUCUCAGUAUGAUUAUUUUGAACCAUGUUGUGUCUGCUAGAUUUUAGCCUAUACUCUUUUUGCUUUUAGGUACAUUAACUAGAGACAUUAUUCCACCGUUCAUGAGACUGAUCAUGUUUUCUUUCUUUUUAAAGCUGCAUGUUGUUUGACAUGGAUGGUCAUCAAGUUCCUCAAAACACAAUUGCUGAAGUAGGAGAUGUAUUCAAGAAAAUCCUCAAUGAGACUGAGAAAGUGAGAAAUGAGAAUAGUAAUGACAUAUCGGUUCUUCAAGCAAUAUCUAUUGUAUUGGAAAGGCAUCCUGAGCUGAGGCAAGAAGGAAUCUCUCAUGAAGUACUGCAGUGGUACAUAUGCAGAAUGGAGGCGUGGUUUGCUGCCGAUGCAGACACGAUCUCUCUGAAAACCUGGGAUCAGGAGCAAGUUCUUACGGGUGGUCAUGGACUAAUGGUGCAGGGUUAUUACCCGGUGAUAGAGGCGUUGUCAAAAGAUAUUGAUAUUCGUUUGAAUCAUAGGGUGAAGAGGAUUUCAAAUGGGUAUAACAAGGUGAUGGUUACAGUUGAGGAUGGGAAGAAUUUUGUUACUGAUGGUGCUAUAAUAAUUGUGCCUGUUGGGGUCCUCAAAGCCAACUUAAUUGAGUUCAAACCAAAGUUGCAAGAAUGGAAGCUUUCUGCAAUAGCAGAUCUUGGUGUGGGCAACGAAAACAAGAUUGCAUUACGAUUUGAUAAUGUAUUUUGGCCAAAUGUUGAAUUGGUAGGCAUUGUUGCACCUACCUCUUAUGCUUGUGGGUAUUUUCUUAACCUCCAAAAGGAAACAAGGCAUCAAGUCCUUGUCUAUAUGGCUGCUAGAAGACUUGCUUAUGAUGUAGAGAAAUUAUCAGACAGAGAUGCUGCUGAUUUUGCUAUGCGGCAGCUGAAAAAAAUGUUUCCUGAUGCACCUGAACCUGUUCAGUAUCUUGUAUCACGAUGGGGAACGAGUCCCGACUCACUAGGAUGUUACUCGUAUGAUCUAGUCGGAAAGCCAAUGGAUGUAUAUGAUAGGCUUCUCUUCUGGGGGAACAAGGAUGAGAAGAAUAUAUGGUCUUGGAUCUCAAGCACAAAGUUAUUAUGGGCCGAAUCUUUGCGUCAAUUCUGGCUUUAAUGCUUCAGCAUCAGCAGCACCUCCAACUUCUCAAUCAGCACCGACAGAAAAUAUGGAGGAGUUAGUGAUGCGAUUGAUUCCUACACUGACUGAUCGCUUGCUUCCUUUAUUUAUUGAGAAGGCACGCGGAGUGAUUUCUUCACCAUCACAUCAUCCAAAUACUCCUAUCGACAAACCAUCAGUUGUGACACCCAUAGUGCCUCCUCCUACUACUGCUAACGUUGACGAUGUUGAUCCUUUAGUUUCUGAUGAUGAUCGUAGUCCUUCACCCAUGCAUUAGUUUUUUAUGUUAUCUGCUUUUUGUUGGAAAGAACAAAAUUAUGCACUAACAAUACUUGAUGGAUGUGUGGGUUCUUUUGGUAGUUGAUAGCUUGGUGUUGUCGGUGUUUUGGACUUAACGAUUAGGAUUUCGCUAUCUAUUUUGAAUCUUUUUUAUAAAUAUUAUUUUAUGUGAA